GCGAAGAGGCUCGGCGGCCCCGCCGCGCCGCCCUCCAUGACCGCGGCGAGCCCCCCUCAGCGCCGCCGCUGGGCCGCCGCUGCCGCCAUCUUGGGCGGGGCAGAGAGCGCGCCGCCGCGCGAGCCAUAUUGGCGAGGGGGAGGGACGGACGGCGCCGUCGGCCAUAUUGGGGAGGUCACGGCCAGGGACGCCUCUGCCCCACAGCCUACAGGAUGGGUUAGGAGCAGAGAAGAGGUCGCGGCGACCGGGCCCCAGUGUUGCUUUCACCGAAGGAGAACAAAAACAAGACGUAGUGUCCUGCGGCAGCUAUGUCAAGGAGGUCACACGCUCAGCUAUAGUCGGCUGCCAUAUUGGGGAGGGAAGCACUCGAUCCGAAGUGCGGCUCUCCUGAGAAGGUCACCGGGCCUGUCGCUGCGGCACGGAACACGUUUCCGUUUCCGGGGCGGGAAGCGGCGUUUCCGGCGUGUGACCCUUGUGAGUCCUUCUGCUUGGCCGCAGCGGAGACGCGGGGAGAUGGGGUUGCGCGAUAACGUUGUUCACGCUGGAGAACCGGAGGAGGAGGAGGAGGAGGAAGAGGAGCUGGUGGAUCCUUUAACCACAGUUAGGGAGCACUGUGAGCAGACUGAGAAAUGUGUGAAGGCGCGAGAACGUCUGGAGUUGUGUGAUGCACGAGUGUCCUCUAGGUCCCAAACAGAAGAGCAGUGUACAGAGGAGCUGUUCGACUUCCUGCACGCCAGGGACCACUGUGUUGCUCACAAACUCUUUAAUCAACUGAAGUGAAUACCAGAGUCAUUGUCCAUCUGCUUCCACGAUCCAACAGAAAAUCCUUGCAGGUUAUUCUUGGAUUCUCAGUACUGCUUGCUGCCCAUCUAUUGUGAAUGUGAAAUAUAAACAAAACAGCUUUCUGGCAGCCUGGCAGUGAUUGAGUGUCAGCAUGUCACUGUGUCUGUUUUCAUGGAAGAUGUGCAGCUACACAAAACUCAUGUUAAUGUUCUGUAAAUUUCCAUAUUAAACAUUAACAGUUCCUGUGGAAA